AUGCAGAACCCGUACGGCGUGAGCCCGAUGGCCCACAUGGCCCAGUUCGGGACCCACUCCACCUACCAGUACUGCAACACCGACCUCUCGCACUACGCCGCCCCCGCGUCGGCCUCGUGGUACGGCACGUCCUCCACCGACCCGAGAUUCGCAAAUGUUCCCUUUUUCUUCCGUUCGGGGUUUGAUGGGGGAGAACAUGAACAUGAACAGGGGGAACGUGACGUCAUUUCCCCCACGUGCAGUUGGCUGACAACAAAGCGAUGCGUUCCCCCUCACAGCGAAAAAAAACGGAAAAAUUUCUUCACGCAGGCGCAAGUGUACGAGUUAGAGCGAAGGUUCAAGCAGCAAAAAUACCUUUCGGCGCCCGAGCGGGAACACCUGGCUUCGCUCAUCAACCUCACGCCGCAACAGGUCAAAAUUUGGUUCCAGAAUCACCGCUACAAGAUGAAGAGAGCAGCCAAGGAGAAGGCCAUGUCAGAACAGACUACCUCUUCUAACCAGAGCGCGUCCCCCAGGAGGAUCUCGGUGCCGGUGCUGGUGAAGGAGGAGAACGCCACGAAGGGCUCGUCCUCGACCUCCUCCUCGGCAGCGGGCGGCGGCGAGGGCAAGCUGGGCCACCACCGCGACACCUCCUCCUCGACGUCGUCCUCGAGCCUGGCGGCCUCCAACACCUCGAGCCUCCUGCCGAGCCACCUCACGUGCGACCCGGCCUCCGCCCUCGACCCCUUCCGCAGCCAGGGCUCCGCCACGCCCGUCAGCGCCUCCGCUUUCCCCUCCAUGACGCCGCUCCACCACAACGCCAACAACGCCUACCUCCACCACCAGCGCGCGUGGUAAGCGGGAGAGAGAGUAGACAGCGAGAGAUGGACGGACGGGAAGGACGGAGGAAGCGAAGGACAGAGACAAGGGCGUGGGGAUUGGGGGAGGAGCUUCGUGGGCGUUCCGGUACGAUCCUAAUCCCUGUCGCAUGGAACGGGCGAGGUGGGCUUCCCUCAGGGGCAGGGGCGUCCGCGCAUCUCGCCAGGGGAACACGUCUGCUGGGCAAGGCGACCGACGGGUCAGUGCGGAGGACGCGUGCUAUUUAAUAAGGGCAGUGUAAUGGUCCUAUAUCGUUUGUAGUGGCAGGGUAAUGACCCCGUUUAUCGAACUGGGACACAGCUAAUUCAUGCUCUUAGGGAACAGAGGCAAUAACAGGCCGACAACUCGAUAAAAAGUAUCAGAUCAAUUGACACUUAACGGGGUAGGGCAUGCUGCACGCCAAACUUGCACACAACAGCGAGUUUAGCCAAGCUUUCCGACCUCCUUUCGCCUCGACUCAGCCAUGUAAAGGAAAAGAAGAAAACUCCUAGUUGGCAACCAACCUUCUCCAAAGGCGCCUGUAACUUGAAAUAGCGAUAGCCUGAAAGGAAUUUCCUCAAUCAAACUGCUCUCAAACACGAGAAAGAAUAAGGAGACGUAAGAAAAACAUAUGCUUACAACGUGGCACGGGGCAAGGGGACCGGAGAGAACUAUUGGCCAGAAGCGUAAGUUCAGAACACCGGACGGGAUUCCCUUUACGUGCGCUGUGCUUUUUAUUCCUUUUCAUGAGGG